AUGGCAACUAACUUACUCCUUGCCAAAUCACGCUACAAGAUUCCCAGCAUGAAGAUGUCACCUUCAAUUGUCAAAGACAUGUAUAGCGAUGUCUACUACAACAUUUUUCUACCGAGGAAACCGUCAACUUCAUACUCCACGGAGCCCAAUUUACUCUCCGAUGCACCGAUGGUCACUGCGGAUGCAUGCAACAAGUCAUCUGUGAUCACCACCGACGACAACAGGACGAACGAACCAUCCUACAUGUACGACCAUGGAAAGAAGCUUGCCACCCGUGCGCCCGGUAUGCCUUCUCCCUUUCAAGACGACAUUCGAAAAGGAGGAGAUCCUGGCAAGCUCAAGCUCAUGCCCAUGCCCGAAAACGACUAUGGCACCAUCACGGCCAUGAAAGAGCCAAUUUCCUGCCGUGAACUGAGAUCCGUAUCCAAGGGAUUAGCUCCUUUGCACUUGCCCACCGGCUAUGGCGCAGCAAAUUUCACAGGAAAUUGUCAUGGAAAACCAACAUUGUCCUCCUCCGCGCAGCCCAUUUUCCAUUCUAUCAACAACAAUGCUCCUCCAACGACGCUCGACCUUGUCGCAGUCAAGAGCAACAACAAUUCGGCCGACACUGACGACGAGGAAUUCACACCCGAGUUUGAUGGAGCAGUCCCCGGCAUUGACGCGUUCAUGCAGGAAGGCGACCAAGUUUUCUGCCGAGAAAGUGAAUAG